UGCGCAAUGUUACAUUGUUUACGGAAGAAGUAAGUGGCCGUUCACACGUGAAAAUGUAGAUUACAGUAUUUUUAUUUUUUGACAUGACUCACUGAUUGAUAUUUUUCAGCCACCUUUGAUUCUGUUGUAUCACCCUACUGAAAGAAGUACAUGUACAUGAUGGAUAAAAAUGCAGACAGAUCAAAUAAUCCUGAGAAAGAAGAUAAAUAUCCUCCAUCAGAUUCAAUCUCCAUAGAAGAUGGAGUCGAUAUCACAGAUCUUCAGAUUGAAGAUGAACAGAGGACAGACGUGUCACUCACAUUAGAAAAAUUACCAGUGGAACUGUUAAUGCACAUCUGCAGUUUUUUAGAUGCAAAGUUUCUUGUCCACACCCUGAGUAAAGUGUGUAUUAGUUUUCAGGACUUGUUUGUUAGUGACAUAUACUGGAAAACCCGUAUCCACAAAAGAUGGCCCAAACCAUAUCCACCUGUAUAUGAUGAAAACUUCAGCUGGAGGGAGGCCUGUGCGGAGAGGGAGGAAUCCUACAGAAUCUGGAGUAAUCCAGAUCAAACCUGUCACCAUUUCUUCUACAGAGAGGGUAUUUUUGCCCCUGUAGAUGCUGUUCAUCUAAUGAAUAAUGGGACCAUAUUAGCCUCAGGAUCUAGGGACAGAUAUCUUAAUAUUCUGGAUUUGACCAAGUACAGUCCAGAUGAUUCAGCCAGUGUAAAAGCCAUGAAAAUAUACUCAGAUGCCAAGGCACACAAAGGUUGGAUAUGGAGUUUGGCAUCACAUGACAAUAAGCUAUGUUCUGGAUCCUGGGACACCUAUAUCAAAAUGUGGGACCUCAAUAAUGGAGUUACUGAGUGCAGCAAGUACAAAUGUAAAUCAGCCAUUCUUGGGAUCCACUUUGAAGCCAAUCAGGUAUUUGCUGCAGGAUAUGAUCGACAUAUUUACAUCAUUGACCCUCGUGAUGGGGAGGUCCACAGGAAGCGUUACCAUCGGCGACCUGUUCUGUGUUUGGCAGCAGACGACAAGUAUAUUGUGACAGGAAGUGAAGACAAAACAGUGGCUGUAUUUGAUAGGAGAGCUGGACAGGUGUACAAAACUAUACAGACAUUUGAUGUUGGUCACUCUGGUAAAGCCACUGGAGUUAUUUACACACCAGGAGCAAUAUUCUCUUGUUCCACAGACAACACAAUCAAAGUACUGGAUCCCACCCUUAAUCCAGAACCCCUGACAAUAAUCACUGAACACACAGCUGAUGUAUCCAGAUUUUUUCCACCUCUAAAGAAUGAUCUUAUAUUAAGAGCUGCCAGAGGAGAGAGAACAGAGCGUACACCAGUAUGGCUGAUGCGUCAAGCAGGCCGCUAUUUAUCAGAAUAUGGUGAAUUUAAAGCAGAGCAUUCAGCCUCAUUUUUUGAUAUGGUCAGAAACCCGGAGUUUUCAUGUGAGAUAACUCUUCAGCCUUUGAAGCGGUUUAACCUUGAUGCAGCUAUCAUUUUCUCUGACAUUUUAGUCAUUCCACAAGCUUUAGGAAUUGGAAUUGACAUUGAAGAAGGAAAGGGUAUGACAUUUGACUUUUUACUCCAAACUCCAGAAGAUCUGAAAAAAUUGAACACAAUAGUUGACGUGACGCAGGAACUUCAUUACGUGAUGGAUGCCAUUACUCUGACCAGACAGAGACUGGAGGGACGGUGUCCACUCAUCGGUUUCUCUGGUGCCCCCUGGACCAUUAUGAAGUACAUGAUUGAUGGCAGCUCAGCAGCCCCCGUCCCCAAGGCCAGGAGGUGGCUAGUCCAGUACCCUGAGGCCAGUAACACACUACUGCAGCUACUGACGACCAAAACAAUAGAUUACCUUGUAGCUCAGGUCAAGGCCGGGGCACAGAUGCUGCAGGUGUUUGAUAGUAAUGCUGGUGAAAUGGGCCCGGGAUUGUUCAAUAAAUUUGGGCUUCCCUACCUUAGAAAAGUGGCUUAUGGAGUCAAGGAGAGACUGACUGAACAAAAUAUAGAACAUGUUCCUAUGGUAGUUUUUGCCAAAGAUGUUCAUUUUGCCCUAGAGGACUUGUCAAAUAGUGGUUAUGAAGUAGUAGGAAUUGACUGGACCAUUAAACCAACACAUGCAAGAAGAUUGGAGGAGCUUAAACAUGCUGUUAAAGACAUGGUAACUAAGUUCGGAACCCAACGAUACAUUGCCAACCUGGGUCACGGGGUCAUCAGGGACACCGACCCCGAGAGUGUGAGGACGUUUGUGGACUCGGUUCAUAUCUACUCGGAGGAAAUUAAUGCUAAUGCCUAGUCAACGAAACUGACACUGUGAUAAAGUAUCCAAAUAUGAUUGUAUUAUGAAGUGUCUCUGGCCUGUGCCAUUUUUUUUUUUUUUCAAAUGAGAAACACAUAUCUGCAGCAGAUAAUUUAUUAUGUUAAUACUGUUUCUUGUUAUCAUUCGUUUGUUUGUACAUGUAUAUUUUAUUUAGAAAUGUGGCAGAUGCAGUAUGUUCAUAAACUUGUGUUCAUAUUUUUCAUAAGGAGGUUGAUACUGACAUGCCAAAAUAAUGUCCACAAAUUUUGUUGAAUAUAAGUAAAACUUCUGAGUUUAAAUUCAAAUCAGAAGUAACCUCUUCUUUCCAGUAUCUUUGUAAGAACUUAUGAGAAGAAAGUUUAUCAUGUGUUACCCUUUUAGGUGAUACUAACAUAACAAAUAAACAAAUAUUUUAUUCAAGACAA